UUUUAUCUCUGACAGUAUUCAGAGUGAGUUUAGAGUUUCCUGUACAAGUGCAAUGUCUUAUGACUAAUUGCUGUUGAAACAAACUAGCAAAAGACAAAGUGGAUCUUAAUGUGAAGAUAAUUGACUGGUAUACAAUUUGACUUUAUAAAAAUGGGAUUGUCAGUCUCGAAGUCGCCACUGGAAAGAAGAAAUACAGUCGCGCGCAGAUCCCAGCGAAGAACCAUCCAUACCAUAAAAGCAAGGGUCGACAAACUCUUUCCAAGCAUAAAACGUUUUAGAGGAGUGAAUAACGAUGAAGACUACCAAGCCUUACAUACGGAAAUCGAUCAUUUGCGGAUCGAACUGAUAAAGAAGUCCAGAGAUCUCCAACCACAAAUAAGAGCCAUAUACGACUCCACGCUUAAGAGAAUAGACGAAGCUUUCGUCGCACUCGAGGACAAGUUGAAGGAAAAUCAAGAAAAGGCAAUUAAAAAAGAGAGGGAGAGGGAGGAGAAAGCGGAAAAGAAGAAAGAAAAGCAAAAGAACAAAGAAGGCGAAGAGGUUACGAGUGAAAAUAACGACGUAAUUGUAGAAGAAGUUGAGGAAGAGGCUGCAAAUGAAGCCGACAACUUAGCGGGAAGUACAGAAAAGAGACACACGGUGGAACUGAAGUUUGUCCAUGUCGUACCUGGUGAGAUUACUCAAGCCGACAUCCACAGCAACAACAACAACGUUGUGAAAAGUCCCGAGGAGAAAAGGAAAUCUAUUUUGAAGCACGGGGUUGCUGUCAUGCCAGGCGCUAUGAUGAACGAACUAGCAGCAAGGUCAUCUAACACAGUUUCCAUACAAGAACCACAAGUGCAAAUUGAACGCGACAGUGAGAAAAUAAACGCUAGAAUCAAUGAGAUCAUAGAGACCUUGCAGUCUACGGAGUACCAAAUCGCUGACUUCGUAGGAAAAAAGCACGGGACUCAGUACAACAGGAUUAAAGAUAAAUUAAGCCAGAACAUGACGACACUCAACAGUUUUUCUCCUUCCGAUGAUUACACCAUAGAGCAGGUGAAGAUAUGCAAGAACUACAUUGUCAGCUGUCUAAAUUUCCUCGAGGAAAAGGCGAUAGAGGAAGAAAAAGUGCCGGAUGACGAUGUUUUCUUUCCCUCCAACACGAAUUCUGUCGUAAGUCCCGUAACGAGUCCUACCUUGAGUCCCGUUUUAAGUCCAAGCCUCAGCCCAGUUGAUGCUAGAAACCAAUUUGAGAGAUUGUCUAAAACAACUGCUAUCUAAGAGUUUUAUUAAAUUUGUACAAAUUUCAAAGUAAUGUAUCAAAUUUACUAGUAAGUAAAUAAGCUGGCUACUGUUGUAUUUUCUACGAUUCUAUUUUGUUGUAUUUCUAGGUCAAAAUUUUUUUAAUUUGUAUAACGUAUCCAAAAUUGUUUUUGUUAGUUAGUUGUGUUAAAUAUGUUUAAAAUAUAGA